CGUUUCAGUUGGCGCGUUCACUCUUCGCAACCUCUCACACCGGGUGUGGAGUGCGGAGCUUUAGUUUCUUGUCGUGAAUUCACUGUGUGCGCGGCGUGUUUUUGUGCCCUGGCUUAGCCUCUGGAUCGGUUGGAAGGUCCUUUAUCGGAGUAGUUUAUGAAUGCCCCGCGCUCACGAUGUCUCUGAAUUCGGGUGCUUUGGAGCAAGCGUCCUUCCUGCAUCCCAGAGACCCGAGCAUCACAGGUUGGGACCAAAGGCUGCGAUUCGUCGAUCCUGUCCGCAAGCAACUUUUCGACAAAAUCUUCGAAGAGGAAGAUGAAAAUGCCAAACCUGAAAAAAAUUGUAUCAGCACGUACCUGCGCCUGAAGCCGUGCGCUGUGGCCAGUGAGCAGGCUACCCUGACCAUCCUCAAUGAAAGGACUGUGGGCACUAACGCUCCCAAAGACUCUGUUGCAUUCAAGAACAGUAUAUCUGCGAGAGUGGUACAUCAGUAUUCCUUUUCCAAAGUGUUCGGGCCAGAUACUUCUCAGAAAGAGCUAUUUGAUGAAUGUGUUGCCUUUCAAGUGAAAGACUUCAUCCUUGGUAGUAACUGUCUAGUCUUUGCUUAUGGCACUACGAAUGCUGGAAAGACCUACACCGUCCAAGGAAGUGGAACCUCUCCUGGCCUCAUUCCAAGAGCCAUUGAUGCUCUGUUUAAGAGUAUUCAAGGACAGGUAGCUGGAGUUGGCUUAUACAAGCCUGACAAGGUUGAAGGAUUGGUGCAAUUGGACUCCUUAACAAUAAGCCAAGAACUUGAUUACAAGAACAGGAUUCUUCAGUGGAAUUGGGAUAAGCCCUUUGAACCAAUAAAGGCUGGGUCAAAUGUAUCUCCAAAUAUUUCAGCAAACAGUGAGUCAGACUUUAUCUCUAACACGUAUAGAGAGAUGCAGAAAACAAUCUCCAAUGACUCUCCAUUUGAUAUGGCCAAUGAUAGUGAUGUGGUCUACGGUGUCUGGAUUUCAUUUGCUGAAGUUUACAAUGAGUCUAUUUUUGACCUUCUUGAUCCUAUGGUUACCCGUAAUCGCAAACGAAUUCCAUUGAGAUUAGCACAAGAUGCUGAAGGCAGCACUUAUGUUCGAGAUUUGAGAAUGAUUCACGUUUCAUCCGGUGAUGAGGCAUUUCAUAUUAUGCACUAUGGAAAAGCUAACUUGCAAGUGGCAGCCACAAAUAUGAAUAUGCGAUCUAGUCGCUCUCAUUGCAUUUUUACCAUAAGGCUUGUUAGAUAUGCUAAUUCUGACAACCCAUCUUAUGCAAUUGUCAGCUCAUUUUCAUUUUGUGAUUUGGCUGGCGCCGAAAGAGCUAAAAAAACUCUCAAUGCUGGAGAUCGUUUAAAAGAAUCCAACAACAUUAACACAUCACUUCAUGUGUUGGGUCGAUGCUUAGCCACAAUCAGAGAGAACCAGAAGAAGCAUGAUAAAAAGCCAGUGCCCUUCAGAGAUUCUAAACUGACUAGAAUAUUUCAACGCGCUCUCACUGGUCACGAGCGAAUCACUAUGAUCGUUGCUGCAAAUACUUCUCCAGUGUUGUUUGACGAAACGCUUAAUGUCCUGAAGUUUUCUGCGAUUGCCAAACAAAUUGUUCUUGAAACCCCUAUCAAGAAGGUGAAGCGAAAGAAGAAAAGUCGCUUUUCUAUUUUAGCAUCUCAACCACAUGCUACCAUUCUUUGGGAUGCUCCACCUCAAGAUGCAGAUACAAGUAUUUCAACAGUUGCUAGCUCUGAUGAUUGUGUGCAGAAGUACAAUGCUCGUAAUGAGGAGCUGAUACAACUUGUAGAUAAACUGAAAGCUCAAUUAGUUGAAGAACGAGAGAAGAAUUUAAAUUUGGAAAGAGAUGUUCGUGCGAGUGUUACAGAAACAUUCUCUAAAAUCAUUACUGACAUGGAGAAUACAUGGAAAGCCAAAUUGGAGGAUCUUGAGGAGCGUAAUGAACAGCGUUCUUCUUGGAGGAUAGCACAGGUUGAAAAGUAUUACCAGCAAAAGCUGGAGAGUUCCAGAAAGCGUUCUCGUAGAGAUUCUGAAGAUGACAGCAGUAUUCUGAUUUGUGAUAGCCCAGAAAAGGAUGGAAGAAUUCAGGAGUUGGAGAAGGAAAUAGAGCUUCUGAAAGAAAAGUGCAGUGCUGUGCAUCAGCUAUUGAGAGAAGCACAGGAUAUCCAAUCAUCUCUCUCAUCUGAUGUGUCCUCUCUGAAAUUUGAGCUUGCAAAUGCUAACUCGGAACUAGAAAAGGCUCAACGACAACUCACGGCAUUGGACAGACAGAGUGGAGGUGCUGAAGGUGCUCUUUCUAAGGAACUUCAACUUCAACUUGCUGCCGAGAUGAAGAAAAAUGAGACUUUGCGAGACUUAUUGAAUGAAGCCAAACAAGAUAUUGAUGCUGCCAUCAGAGAGAAAGAAGAAACUGAUCAAGAGCUGAUCAAUAUACAAAGUGAGCUUGUGAACAAAGAAUAUGAACUUGCCGAAUCUAACAGACAACUUGAACUCUCCGGUCUAAUGCACUCUAAGGCCACAGAGGAGCUGAACAAAGUAGAGGCAGAAUUGGAACGGCUAUCAAAGGCCCAUGGGACCAGUGUGAAAGGCAUGAAUGACAUUUCAUCAAUCUUAAAGGAGCAAGAGAAGACAGUCCUCAUUGUUGAGGAACUUCAAUCCCAGCUAGAAUUGUUGAAAGUGUCUGAUGAAGAGAGUGCCACAGCUACCUCAGAUUCUGAAGGCCCAAAGUCACUAACUUCAGUCACUCAAUGUGCUUUGGAUACUCUGAAAUUAAAACUUCAACACUUUGCAAACAGAAAGUCUGAGAUGAAGAGCCUCCUGCAGGCUAAGGAAGAUGAAGUCGCAGCUUUGAAGUCUGAGAUGAAAAGCCUCCUGCAAGUGAAGGAAGAUGAAGUUACCAAGUCACAACAGUACCUUUCUGAAGCUCAAGCGAUGAAACUACAACUACAGGCGUUGGAGAAUACAGUACAAGAGCAGGUAGCAACUAUUAACUCUCUCACCCAGGACAGAAAUCGAUUAGAAAAUGAGAUGAAGCAGAUGAGUGCUACCAUUUCAUUGAAUAUGGCACAGAAAGACACAGACUCCUCUUGCAUCAAGCAUUUGCAAGAUGAAAUCAAACGUCUUGAAAAAGAUCUUAAAAGCAUGUUGCAAAAGAAUAUUGCUGCGGAGCAACAGUUAAAAGAUACUCAGUCAGAGCUAGAAAGCAGCCAAAACAGCUCAACGCGCUUAGAACAAGAACUAAAAUCAGUUCUCCAGAAGUCUGCUACCCAACUCAACUCAAGUGUGGCCUCCCAGAGUGAAAUAGAAACCUUGGGAAGUAAGGUAAAGAACUAUGAAGAUACAAUGAAAUUUCUAGAUAAGUGGAAGGAAGAAAAUGAGCAAUUAAAAAAGGAAUUGAAAGAAGCCCAAUUAGAAAUUCAGACUCGAGAGAAACUUCUGAAUGAAAAGGACCUCGAGGUAGAAUCCAUUCAAACUCACAGGCAGGAGCUAAUAAGUCGCUAUGAUGAUGCAUACAAAAGUAUUCAGGAGGAAUUGGAAAGAGAGAAGAGGGAAGUUGUUCGCCUUCGUGAUACACUUUAUAACAAGAGCACCCCUACUCCCAAAAAAAAUUCAAAUACAGAAAUAAAGCACUACAAGGAUCUUGUAGAGAGCUUACAAGCGGAACUCUCCAAAUAUAAAAUGCGAGAUGAGCAACCGUCAGGAAAGAAGCCUCCAAGAAGUGCUAGGAAAGCUAAACAGGAAUCCAUAUCUAGCAAUGAAAGUCUUAAGGAAAACAGUGGAGACACAUUUUCAGUUCCUGUGGCGGCUUCAAAGUCUAAAAAAACAGCGGCUGUUGAGUGUGAACAUGAUACAAGCUCCAACAGUAAAAUGAAACUUGCUGAAGAGGCCCCAGCAGAACCUGAAAUUGAAGUUAAACCUAAAAGGAAAACAAGGCGCCUCUUCUCAAGGACUCAGUCCCAGUAUUCAAACACUGACUGUGAUGAAAUUGAGGCUCUAGAGGUGGAUGGUAUGCGUGGGACCACACCAGAAGGUUUUGUCAGGUCGUUGCGAAAUCGUAAAAUCUAAGACAUCCUGUGAUAGUGCAUUAAUAUUGUACCCGACUGUAUUAUUGAGUGUUCCUGUACAUUUUAUAUUUUUUACACAAAUUUCUGUUUUAACUACUUUUUAUGGAACAAGGGAAUAACCCUUCUUAUUAAAAAUUUUAAGUGAA